AUGUUUCAUUUUGGCGUUGGAUUUUUGCUUCUGACAUCAUCUGAGAGUUUUGUUGGCCCGUUUCAUUACUCUCCAACCGCCACUGUAGGAAUGCUCAAGGAGAUAAUUGUCUCUGAAUGGCCUAAAGACAAGAAUAUUGUUCCAAAAGCAGCUAGUGACAUCAAGUUUAUAAAUGAUGGUAAGAUGUUGGAGAAUGGUAAAAUUGUUGCUCAGUGUAAAGCUCCAUUUGAUGAUCUCCCUAAAUCCGUCAUUAAAAUGCACGUUGUCGUGCAACCGUGUCCAACAAAACCAAGACCAGGUCUUAUUCUGUUGCUUUCUCACCUCAGUACAUCUUGCUUAUAG